AGAGGAAAUAGAGGAAUGUUGAAGGGGAGAAGGGAGGUAGUUUUCCAUAAACUAAAAGGUUAAAUUUUUAAUUAUGGUGCCGCUGCCCUUUUUCAAGAAAUACCAAACAACACAAACUUUAAUAACUGCAAGUAUUUGAUGCUAACACUCUAUACAUUGUUUAAAUUUAUUUAUGAAUGAUUUUCUUUGUGAGUUAUAAGAUAACUUGUAUAUGCUGCUGCUCCAGCAAGUGAUAACAGGAGUAUAACAGAGGGGUAUAAUGACAGGUUUAAGAUAAAUAAAGUGUCCCUACAGCUACACCAAUAGGGAAUGUAAACAAAGUGGCCUGUCAACAGGGCAACUUCCUUCUAUUAGGAAUACACAGAACACCAUAAUAGGGUGGCCGAUUUUAGUCUGACGUACAUACCAAGAGAGGAGUGAAUUAUAUUUGUUUUAAAAUUACAUUUUAUUGUGGGACACUGCCGCUUUAAAUGUAAACACCCUGGCAGUUGCCCAUGAGAAUGACAUCUUGCCAGGAGACGGAAGAGGAACCUCGCUUCUGUAAUGUUGCUGAGAGGAGGCCUCCUAGAUACCGAGCAAAGAUGGCUGCGCCCAUAGACCUGCACCUGGAAUUUGGAGGUGGAGCUGAACUGCUGUUUGGAGGUGUUAAGGACCACCAUGUGAAGUUACCAAGCCAGUCUGAGCCCUGGAAUGUGAAGCAGCUACUGGCUUGGAUUAAAACUAACCUGCUGAGAGAGAGACCAGAACUGUUUAUCCAGGGGGACACAGUGGCGAACUGGACUACAUGCUUGAAGACCAGGACAACGUGGUUUUCAUCUCCACGCUGCAUGGAGGCUAGGAUAGCCAGACAGUGUGCACUAAGGACUGAACUCACUAGUUACUUCAAGGCAUCUCUGGCCCUUUGUGUCAAGUUAAAGCAGAUGCUUUUCAAUGCAACACCCUGCUCUUCAGAAUGAUCCAUCCCCUCUCACAAAUUAUUUCACCCACUAAGCGCAGGGAUUACAGGCAUAGUUUGGGAAAUUAGUUUUGAGAGUAUUGUAGGAUUAAAGGACAGUAACCCAUAUUGUGAUCUUUAAAUGUAAUAACCGCCCCGCCCCCACACUCUGCCGUUGGAAGGAGGCAGUGAGAAUGGGAUUCUUGGAGGAUCACUGUGCUCUGCAGUGAAGGAGUUCAGACAGGUGACCUGAUAGUGACACUGGUCUAGUUGCUCUUUUCUUUACUGCAACAUGUAGCCAUUUUUACCUUUUUCUUUUUAAAUAUGUGUCAGCCUUUAAAAACAAAACAAAUUGUCUUCUACUUCAAAACAAUAGGAAGAUAUUGUGUAUAUGCCUGCACAUAAAAUAAACUUAUGAUGAUUUUAAAUGGAAGAAUGAAGUCAUUAAAGCUUGCUUUUAUUUGGAA